UUCACAACAAAAUGCCAAAGGGUCUUCAAAAAUCCCUCCAAAUUUACAUAUCCAAGCUCAAAAAAGCCACCCCACAAUCUCAAAAAGGCCCAUCUCAUCCCACCACCAGCUGGCUCUUAUCAGCUUGCAAGUACCCCAAGACCCCAUCUUUUGCCGUCGAUAGGGACCACUCCAAUAGCCGCGAUAACGCAGCGACACUAACAGACAUCGAUCGCUUCCUCUUCGAGAACUUCAAUUCCCUCUACACCCAAGAACACAACAAUGAAAUCCACGAUACACAAACCAAAAAUGUCUACACAUCAAAUUCCGCAACCUACAUCAACGACAUCGACAUCGACACCGACGACGGCUGCGAUAAGACCAUGAUCAUGUCCGACUCGACGAGAUUUCUCAAAACACCACCAAAUCUCCGAUCAUCCCAACGCUUCUUUGCAUCCCCAUGCACGUCCAAUUCAUUACUCGAAGAGGCCCAAUCGAGCCGGUCGGCAUCUGACGACAUGGCCCACACCCUUCCCGGCGAGAGCAUUGCACUGCUAACAUACUCACAUGACCCAUACGACGACUUCAGGCAGUCCAUGCAGGAGAUGGUCGACGCACACCAAGUGGAUCAAUGUCAGCCGUUGGAUUGGGACUAUAUGGAAGAUCUUCUCUUUUGCUACUUGAAUUUGAAUGAGAAGAGGGCGCACAAGUACAUACUAGGUGCAUUUGUUGAUAUGAUGAUCAGUUUCCGACAACAAGAUUCCGGCAAGGUUAUGAAGAGUGUGCAUAAGAUUCCGUCGACCAGAGAGAGGAGGAGGAAGGUGGUGGAAGAGAAUGCUGACAUCAUUUUCCGGGAGAGAGCUGACGUGGAUUGUGGUUGAUUUUUUUUCAAAAGAAAGCGUAAAGCGUGCCGCAAGAAAAGGUGAUACACCAUAUAUAAUACAUAUAUAUACAGAGGGAUUAGAGACAUGCAAAUGUAAAUAAUG